ACCAAGUCGUUGGGUGUGGGAAACACUGGGUCGAUGUAUUGGAGGUUGACCAUGAUUUGAAACUCUAAAUAUCGUGGCUCGGGUCUGUGGCUCCCACGCCUGAGACGAGGAUGUCUGAUCAAGAGCUAAAGACCCUUCCUUUGAACUUUUGAAGAGCUCAAGGUGGCAUGUCCAUUCAGCUGAUAUCCCUUAUAAGACACUCCGGCCAUGGCGGAUUGAAGAACAGACUGUCACAGCUUCCCACACCCUUGAAGCUGAGAAAUCGUCCGUGAUCCUAGCUCGACCAUGAAUGGUAUAAAAUGCUCGGUCUCAUGUCCUGUCCUGGGUGUGUUUCUUGCCACACACUCAUUCUCGCGUAUUACUGAACGAUAUCAGCUAAGAGCAACUCAGCCCAGAAACACUUACAGGCAGCCAAAUACUCACCACAUCAUUUCGCACAGGAAGAACACGGGAGCGAUGUCAGAAGGCUCAUCAGACGAGGAGGCGCAGCGUUUCGUUGCCAAUUAUCCGCUCGGAUCCUCUCCAGGUCUUGGACCGGUCACGAAUGAAAGCUCCGUUGGGGCGUCUCCGGCGACCUCUGAAGUCGGAGAACGUGCCAGUGAAGCUUCUGAAACUUCGGACGUACCGGUAACUCGAUCGACGGUGCAGAUCACGGAACCCGAACAAGGAUACACCUCGAGUGCCAGCAGCAACCAAGCAUCUCACCAAGGUGACGAAGAAGCUCUCCUGUCUCGAAGCAGACGGGGCCAAGACGAAAAUGUCUUGAGCCCUCUCGCCGCCCAUGGGUGCGCCUCUCAAGCAGUCUCUCAAGGCGACGAUUCCGAGACGGAUGGAUCCUAUGCCAGCGGUGUCGACAAUCGGUUCUCAGUCGUUCGUGAGGGACGAACCCAGGUUGCAAAGCCAAGUCCUUCAAGUGAGAAUCCCGGAUCAGAUUCUGAAUCAGGCCAUGAGCAUUUCGAAGACGCUCACGAACAGCUUGUAAGUCGACCUGAAUACGGAAAGAGAAGGGGAUCGAGCGUGUCGUUGCUGACUAACUCCACAAGCCGUCUUCUGAAGGCGAGGAGACCAAGUGAACGUUCAUUGCUCACAGAUUCGCGCUCAGCAUGAGCUUGGCCCUUCUAGAUUCACUAGGCUUCGCGUCCAUUCCUUGGAUCGACCAUAAGGUAUGCCAUUAUCAUACACGUCAGCCCAGCACAUGCAUCGUGUUGCCGGUUUUUGAGAGACGAAGAGUCUGGGGUGGAGAGAGAAGAUCUUUGAGCAUCUGGCCUCUCGUCCCGGAC